AUGCCUCCCACGGGUGAACCGAAGGGGAAGAAGCAGCGGCCCAAGGACAAGCACUUCCACCUGGCAAAGGAGCGAGGAUACCGGAGCCGCGCGGCCUGCAAGCUGCUCCAGCUCGACGACCGCUUCCGGUUCCUCCCGUCGGCGCGCGCCGUACUCGACCUCGGGGCCGCACCGGGGGGCUGGACCCAGCUCGCCGUCAGCCGCGCCACCAUUGGCGCCCUCGUCGUAGGUGUCGACCUCGCGCCCAUCCGCCCCAUCCGCGGCGCUCGUCUCCUCAAGGAGGACAUCACCGCUCCCAAGUGCCGCUCCAAAGUGCGCAGGCUCAUGGACUCCAGGGGCGUCGCGGCCUUUGACGUCGUCCUCCACGACGGCGAUGUCCGGACUGCCGCAUCGCCGGCACAGGAGGAGGCCCUGACCACGCAGUCAGCCCUCGUCAUCAACGCCAUACGGCAGGCCACCAUGUUCCUCGCCCCUGGUGGUGCCUUCAUCACCAAGUUCUUUAGGUGUCAAGAUUACCACGCUGUCAUGUUCUGUCUCAAGCAGCUAUUUGAAAGAGUUGAGUUCACUAGACCUUCAGCAAGUCGGCGCAGACCAGCUGAAAUUUACCUCGUCUGUAUGAGAUAUAAAGCCCCUGCAAAGAUUCAGCCUGAACUUCUUGAUUUGAAGCACUUGCACUUGUUGAUUGUGGAUGCAGAAAAGAGCAAGGGGAAGAGACGGCCUGGAGGCCGGAAAUGGUGGAUGAUUGGUCUAGCAUCAGAUUUUAUAUGGUCUAACGCCCAGACACCACUUGAGUUUCUUGGUUCUUUUAUGGCCAUUUCAUUUGAUGAUCCAGCAUCUCUGCCUAUCAAGAGUCAUGAGCUUACUACAGAGGAGAUAAUAUGGAUUUGUGGGGAUUUACGCUUGAUGGAUAAAAAUCGCUUAAAAUAUAUCCUAAAAUGGCGCAUGCGCAUAAGGACUGCACUUUCAUGUUCACAAGUUAUACCAACGGCUGACGGUACCGCGAUGGGCAGGAAGGGCAAAGAUGAUGACCAACUUUUACAGGAAAUGGAGGAACUUAUACGUGUCAUUGAUACAAAGGAAAGGAGAGAGAAGAAGAGUCAAUCAAGGCGUCGGCCAAAGGAGAAAGCACACAAGGCAAUCAUAAUGCAAAUUGAUGCUACAGAAUAUUGUUACGGCGACCCUGACUUAUUUUUUGUUAGUGAUACCAAGGGUGGAAAAGAACCUCAAGCUGUUGAGUCAGCGGAAGAUGGAGACAGUAAUAAUGAAGAAACUCAAACUCACGAGGACUCUGAUGAGGCGGUAGAUUCUGAUGAGGAACUGCAGAGGUACGAAGCUCAACUUGAGGUGUUGCUGGAUGAAGCUUAUGAGCGCAUUAUGACUACAAUAGGCGGAGGAAUGAAAGAAGAAAGCAAACUUGUCAAGCAUAUUGAUCUCAAAACUGAUGCACAUUUUUACGAGGGUGUUGAAGAAUCAGAUGACGGUGUGACGGGGAUGAAGGUUUCUGAUGAAAAUUACGAUCAGGAGAAGGCCAAUCCGCUCUUAUUUUCUCGAAGUACAGAGAAGUUAACAAAAGAGCAGCUUGCAAAGAUGUGGUUCAGUCAGGAUGUGUUCUCAUAAGCUGUUUUUAUUCGGGCAGUGUUAUAGGCGGUGGGCCCUCCCCUAACGUGCACAUUGGCUCGGGAUUAGUUUCAAAAGAUAAGAGUUUGUAUGCCAUCUUAAGGAUGGUAGAU